GAAACCAAAAAAACAAGGACGUAAGCAAAAUUGGAGACUAAAAGAAAUGGCGAGCUCUCUGUUGUCGGUUUAUCGCUUUCUUCCCUCGCGAAAAAAGGAAAAUGUAGGAUACGUUACUGACAUCAAGACAUCGUUGUGCGGACAAGUACUGUGUGAUCCCAAUUCUUUGAGAAGAGAGAUAGCUACUCGCCAUGGAAGCCGUCUUGUGGUUUCCUCACUGCUUGGAAGGAGAGUCAAGACCAGAGAGACUGUGAUUCCCGACCCAGAUUACCGAAUUCCAAUUGUUUUGCUCGGUAUAACUGGUGGGUUGGCUUACACAAAUAAUGUGGUUCCUGCUAUCCCUGUUGGUCUCCUCGGUUUGCUUCUGUUAGUCCAGACCACUAGAGUUAGAUUCGUUUUUGAUGAUGAGGCUCUGGCGGUAAAGGUUGGUGACGAACUCAAGGAAUCAGGUGAAAAUGUCUUUGUAGGUGGGAAAAACCGUUGGAAGUAUUCAACAUUUGUUAAUUGGGAGUUUUGGUGGCCUAACUUCCCUAUCUUAGUGUACUUCAAGGAGAAACAAACAAAGCCCGAGGGACAAAUUCAUUUCUUCCCUAUAAUCUUUAACGGGAAGCAGCUUUACGAUGUCAUGGUGGAAAGAGCUGGCUCUUCCCAAAACAGUGGACCAAAAAAUCUUAAGGAAUAA